UAGUCGACGUGAGCCGGUACAUCAAGUACACAGAGGCAAAUUUAAAAAAAAAGCUUAAAAAAUUACCUCCUGCCUUGAAUUUUUAAUAAGUGAAACUAAAAAUAUAAUCUAAUUAAAAUUAAAUUGUGUAUAUAAAUUAUUUAUCUAUUAUUUAAUCAUACUUGAAUGAUGUUGAUUAUUAAAAAAUUAAAAUAUAUUUAAAUAAUCAUUUUUUUAUUUAAAUAAUAAUAUUAUUCACGAGGCUUGUGUGACAGGAAGUUAACGAUACUUGGGGAGCCCUUUUCACUGGAUCAUCAUCACUUGCUGCUGACCUGGUCUUCAUUGCAUUUAAUAAAAAUGAAUAAGUUAAUUUUUUUAAUAUUCUGUAUCAUCGCAAGUAUCCACAAUUCUGUUGCCCUUCGUCAAGGUUCAGUCGACUAUGAAGAUGUAUCAUUUUGGAUGAAAUCUGGACAGGAUAAUUUACAAAGAGUUCUUUCAAUGAAAAAUAUUGAAAAACGUGCUAAAAAUGUUAUUGUAUUUAUUGGUGAUGGUAUGGGAAUGGCAUCAAUAACAUCAGGAAGAAUAUUUACCGGUCAAAGAAAAGGAUACAGUGGUGAAGAAUAUAAACUUGUUUUUGAAAAAUUUCCAAACACUGGAUUUUCCAAGACAUAUAAUGUAGACAAACAAGUACCAGAUAGUGCUGCAACAGCUACAGCAAUAUUUUCCGGCGUCAAAAAUCGCUACAAGGUCAUAGGAUUAGAUGGAAAAGCUGUAUUAGAUACAUGUGACAAAAGUACUAUUGAAGAAAGAAAAUUAACGACCGUUGCUGAUUGGGCACAGGCAACUGGAAUGGAUACAGGUUUUGUUACGACAACUAGAAUAACUCAUGCAACACCAGCUGCACUUUAUGCACAUGUUAAUAAUCGUGAUUGGGAAUGUGACAGUAAUAUACCAAGGGAACAUAAAAAUUGUGCUAAAGAUAUUGCACGUCAACUAAUUGAAGAUGCACCUGGUAAUCAUUUCAAAGUAAUGCUUGGUGGUGGUGCACAAAAUUUAGGUCAUACAUUGAAUGAUAAAAUUGAUGGAGAAUCUUGUAUACGAGAAGAUGGAAAAGAUUUAACUCAAAUAUGGAAAAAAUUUAAUCCAGAUGGUAAAUUUGUAACAAAUACUGCUGAAUUAAUGUCAAUUGAUAUUCAAAAUACACAAAAAGUAUUGGGAUUAUUUUCAUCUAGUCAUUUGCCAUAUCGUGAAGUGAGUACACCAGAAAUUCCAACACUAGCCAACAUGACACUCCAGGCAAUAAAAAUGUUGAAAAAAAAUAAAAAUGGAUUUUUCUUAAUGGUUGAAAGUGGAAAAAUUGAUAUAGCACAUCAUAAAAAUUAUGCACGUUUAGCAUUACGUGAAGUAACUGAACUUGAUGAAGCAGUUAAAGUUGCAUUGAGUCAAGUUAAUAUUGAAGAAACAUUAAUUAUUGUAACUGCUGAUCAUUCACAUGCAUUUACAAUGAAUGGUUAUCCAACUCGUGGUAAUGAUAUACUUGGUUUUGCAAAUAAUAAAUCAGAUAAAAAUGUUAAACCAUAUGAAACAUUAACAUAUGCUAAUGGACCUGGUUAUUGGCAUCAUAGAAUAAAUAAUACAAAUUCAACUUCAACAUGGAUUGCAGUUGAAGAUGAUCAAACUAGAAAUAAUCCAUUUUAUCAAUUUUUUUCUGGUAUGCCACUUAAAGAUGAUACACAUGGAGGUGAAGAUGUUGGAGUAUAUGCUAUUGGACCUUAUUCACAUCUUUUUCGUGGUACAUUUGAACAGAAUUACAUUGCUCAUGCAAUAGCGUAUGCAAGUUGUCUCAAAGAUUGGCCAUCACAUUGUGAUCGUGCAUAUAACCGUUUUUUCUAUGAACUAUCUGGUGCUGAAACUUCCUGCAAAUCUUCAUUUACUUAUUUUGUAUUAUUAAUUUCUCUACUUGUUGUUUUACGUCUCACUUGAAAAUAUUAAAAGCUCAUAGUUUAAUUAUGAUUUUAAAAAAUACAACAACAGGAUAGAUAAAAUUUAUAAAAAAAAAAAACAAUUUCAAGGUAGUAUUUAAACCUUGAAAAAAAAUGAAAAAUAUUAAUAAUAAUAAGCCAAGAAGAAUUACAUUUAAUUAAAUUUUUUUUUUUUUUUUGUUUUUUAGUCUUAAAAAAAGUUAAAUAUUUUUUAAAACAACAAGAUAAUAAUAAUUUAUAUUUUACAAGUUAAAAUUAUUGCUGUUAAUUUAAUAUUAUUUUUUUUUUUCUAUUUUAUAACAAAAAUAAGAUUUUUUUUUUUAUUUUUUAUUUUUCUUUAUUUGUGAAUAUCAAUUAUAAAUAAAAUUACAAGUCAAAAAAAAAAUUAUACCAAAUUGAGUAUUAUAAAAUUUAAUUACCGGAUAUUUUUUUUUUACCACACGAAAAAAGAAAAAAAAUUAAAUUGAACAAUACAAAAGUUCUAUAUGUAAAAAAAAAACCACUUGAAAAAAAAAAAAAAUUAAAUUUUAUACUAUAAUUAAAAUAAAAAAAGUUGAAUAAUUAUUUGUAUAAA